AUGCCUACUAUUGAAGGUGCAGGCGUUCUGGUAGAGUUAGCCAAGCUCUCGGAAGAAGUGGACGCCAAACCCGAAUAUUUCGCGACUGGCAACGAUGAACUCUGUCUCACUGCCUUGUCUGCUACAAAAUACAUUUACGACUUAGCUCUGAAGUCCGAGCGCAAGUCUCGAGCGCAUAUCGUCGAAUUGCUCUCUUCCCUUGUGCAUAGUCAAGCUCCCCGUACUCGUUCGCAGACCGGCAAACAGAAGGGAAACCAAAAUCCCCCCCAGCCCGUUUCCAAACCACCGGCAUGGCAGGAUACUCCCCUCACGGAGCUCUAUGUCGACGGCAUGAACGAGGACCAGCUGUGGGCGCAGUUAGAGCUGAGGUCAAAAAAUGUUUGCGACAUGCUCGAAUAUACUCUGGAUGGUGAUGUGGAGAGUGGGGACGAUGUUGAAGGUGGAGAGCUGGAAGGAACGAAGUUGCGAAGAGUCAUGAUGGAUGAGGAUAUCGACAUGGAAGAUCUGGAAGGCAUGGAAGGCAUGGAAGUGGAUGGUGACAAGGCCGACGACGACGAAGACGACGAAUCGGAGUCUGGAGACGAGGAAGAGUCUGGCGAGGAGGAGCAUCAAGGCCAGGAGGAUAUUGCGGAGCUGAGAGAUCCAUCAGAUAACGAUGCUGAUCUCGAAAAUCCGUCAUUCCUGAGCGGAGGAAAACGAACAUUGCGGCGAAGGCACAACUUCGGUAGUCAUCCAGAAUUGGAUGAUGGAUUCUUUGACCUUGCGACGUUCAAUGCGGAGACGGAGGAGGCUGAAGCAAGGAGCGUCUCAAGAGGUAAGCUAGGAAAGGAGGACAGCGACGAAGAUAACGAAGACGAAGACGCGGAAGCUGUUGAUCUGUUUGCUCCCAUUGAUGACAAUGCCGCGGCAUUCGACGAGGAAGAUCUUGAAGGUGGACCAAGUGAAUCGUUUUACAAAGACUUCUUCGAUCCUCCGCCUCGCGCACCCAAAGCCAAAAAGCCCCAUGCGACGGCUGAAGCUAUUCCAACGCCCAGCGGAAAGGUUCGGUUCCAUGAGCAAGUUCGAGUGAAGAGCAUCAAGGCUAAAGGAAAGGGCCUUCCGGUCUCCACGAUGAAUCUCCCACUCUCCAUGAUCCUAAAUAAAAAUGCCGAGAACGAGUACGGUGAGACGAUGUCGGAUGAGAGCAGUGAAGAGGAUGAGGACGGUGCAGAGGACGAGGAUGAGGACGGUGCAGAAGACGAGGAUGGAGAAGUUGACAGCGAAUGGGAUGAGAACGGUCUCAAUGAAGAUGAGGACAUGGGAGAAGCGGAAGAAUAUGGCCGCGAGACUAUUGAACGUCUCAAGGACGAUCUCUUCGCCGAUGAGGAACAGGUUCAAACAGGUCUUUCAAGGCACGAAAAGCAAAUGGCGGCUCUCCGGGAGGAGAUCGCCACCCUAGAGUCAGAGAACGUCUCAAAGAAAGACUGGAUGCUGAUGGGUGAAGCGACUUCAAAGUCACGGCCGCAAAAUUCCCUCCUCGAAGAGGACUUGGAGUUCGAACGACUUAUGAAGUCCGUUCCUGUCAUCACUGAAGAAGUUGUUCAAAGUCUGGAAGAGCGUAUCAAGGCACGUAUAUUGGAGAGCCAGUUUGACGACGUUGUACAGAGACGUCCUGUCGAGGACAAGCCUUUCCUGCCAUCUCGAUUCUUCGAGUUGCAAGACACCAAAUCGAAGCAGUCCUUGGCUGAGAUCUACGAGGACGAGUAUACUGCUACUGUGUCAGGGGGAGUCGCAGGCGAGGACAGGGAUGGCAAGCUGAAGAAGGAACAUGACGAGAUUGAGAAGUUGUGGGAGACUAUCUCCGGCAAGCUGGAUGCUCUGUGCAAUGCACACUUCACCCCCAAAGCACCUAAAGCAUCAAUUUCUACAGUUGCAAAUGUUGCAGCUGCCACUCUCGAAUCUGCUCUGCCCACCACAAUUUCUACUUCCACUAUGCUUGCUCCUGAAGAAGUAUUUGCACCUUCUGCCCGUGACCUGCGUGCACGCAGUGAACUCGCCCCUGUAGAAAAGCGAGCGCUAUGGAACAAGCAGAAGAAGGCAAAGAAGAGAACGCGCGACGCGCUCGAGAAGACGGUAGACAAAUUCGCCAGGACAAACAGGUUGGGCGGAAUCAAGAGGCAGAAAGAUGCAGCGCUGAAGAGCGUGGUGAAAGGCGGGAAGGGCGUCACUGUGGUCGGCAAGAAGAAUGAGGAUGUGGUUGGGAAACGGAAACGGACGAAAUAG